GCCCGGAGAUUCAUUCAUACGACAUCAGCGGUCUGUUUGCGACCUAACAGGAGGACGCAUCCCUAAAACAGCAGAUAGAAUGAGUUCCUUAGGCUGCUGAAAAUAACACGAACGAUCGUCCAGACAAACGAAAAGUACCGCUUUUAAAAAAAGUGACGAACUGACGCGGGAGGCGUGCCGGACUGUCGCGAGAGCCGAAGUGCAGCUUAAAAGUUUGAAAAGGACAAGACUUCGCGGUGACACAUAUUCACUGACGAUGCUGGGAAAAGCUUGUGAGUGCAAACCUUAGGUUUAAUGUGGAAUCUUUAAAAAGAAGUGGUCUCCAACUUUCCUCAUCGCUGCAAGACGCACGGACACGGUCAGGCACGCGCGCGCUGUCAAAACUAACACCAGACUAAUCCCCAUCAGCUGAGAAGUGUUUCUGGAGACUCGACUUUACACGGAGCUCAAAGGAAGAACCUCAUAGGAUACCAAUGGUUUUCCUUUGGGACGCCAAAUACGACCAGGCCCCCCACCGCCGCUUCACACCGCCCUCCUCCAGCCUGGGCACCGGGAAGAUGAGCGAGGCUCUCCCCGCGAUGGGAGCGCACGAGGGCGGCGGCGGAAAACUGCGCAUGUGUGACCGCAGCAUGGAGGUCCUCUCCGAGCACCCGGGAGAGCUCGUGCGCACCGACAGCCCCAACUUCCUGUGCUCGGUGCUUCCCACGCACUGGCGCUGCAACAAGACUCUGCCCAUCGCCUUCAAGGUGGUUGCCCUUGGCGACAUCCCUGAUGGCACGCUGGUGACAGUGAUGGCAGGAAAUGAUGAGAAUUACUCCGCCGAACUCCGCAAUGCCACAGCAGCCAUUAAGAACCAGGUGGCCCGUUUCAAUGACCUGCGCUUUGUGGGUCGCAGCGGAAGAGGGAAGAGUUUUACUCUCACCAUCACCGUAUUUACUAACCCUCCUCAAGUGGCCACCUAUCAGAGAGCCAUCAAGAUCACAGUGGACGGGCCGCGAGAACCACGCCGUCAUAGACAAAAGCUGGAAGAAGCUGUGAAGCCAGGAGCGCUGGCCUUCUCUGAGCAGUUGAGGAGGAGUGCCAUGAGGUGCAGUCCUCACCAGGCCUCUGCGCCCAAUCCCCGCCCCACCCUGAACACGCCUCCCUUUGGUAGCCCCGCCCACAGCCAAAUACCUGAUGCCAGGCAAAUGCAGACGUCUCCGUCCUGGUCUUAUGAACAAUCCUAUCCGUACCUGGGCGCUAUUUCUGCACCGGCUAUCCACCCGACCACGCCCAUCUCUCCCAGCCGCAAUCCAAUACACUGUUCAGACCUGUUCAGUGACCCACGUGUCGGUCUGGAGCGCCCCUUCACUUCCAUCCCCUCAUUGCCAGACAACCGCUUCACCGAUCCCCGAGUCCCCUACCCCACCGCAGCCUUCACCUACACUCCGACCCCCGUCACCAAUGCUAUAGGAAUCGGCAUGUCAGCUAUGACUGCACCGGCUGGCCGCUACCACACUUACUUACCUCCUCCCUACCCUGCCGGCUCCUCCCAGGGCCAGAGUGGACACUUCCAGGCCAGCUCCUCACCCUAUCACCUCUACUACAGCAGUGCUACGGGGUCCUACCAGUUCUCCAUGAUGUCAGGAGGAGGUGGGGGGGACCGCUCACCGCCUAGGAUCCUGCCGCCCUGCACCAGCGCCUCGACAGGCUCAGCCCUCCUCCACCCCUCACUGCCUAAUCAGAAUGACAUUGUUGUAGAGGCAGAGGAAAGCCACAGCAGCUCUCCAACCAGCAUGUCUGCUGAGGCAGUGUGGAGGCCAUACUGAGCACCAGCAUUACUGAAGACUGGACUGACAUGUUGACCAAUAUGAAGUGGACAGCUGAUGGAGCGGUGCAUGGACUCGACUUUCCACAGCAUGAGACUCAGAUUUGUUUUUCUUAAGAUAAUUAUGGAUCAUUUGUUGUUGUUGUUUAUAUUAUUAUUAUUAUUAUUAUUAUUAUUAUUAUUAUUACACCAGCUCCUUCUCUACACUGACAUGGCACUGUCAUCACACUUGAAUCUGAAGAAUUAGAUCAUCAUAGGUGAAAAAUAUUAGCCAGAAAUGUAUAUUUGCAGAAAUAACAGCUUGUAUACUGGGAACUACUCAUUUGUGGCAACGAAUUUUGAAUUUCACACAUGACUGCCAUUUCAUUUACAAUAACUGGAUAAGGGUUUGACUGGGUCCCAGCAGUUCUGAGAUGUGUGUGUCCUGUGCUCACAGCACCAACAUCGGUUGAUUUUCAUUUGCAUUUAUUAGUUAAAAGAGACACAGAGCUCUGUUGCACAUGCUAUCCCAGGUUUGUGAGGCUUUACCUCAUCAGUCACUGCCUUUUUAAGGUCCUCUUACACUGCAAACCCCGUCUGUGUUUCAUGGACGAGUUUUCCUGUAACCCAGACUUCACCUACUUUUAUGUAAAUAGACUGUAAACUGCUUGUUGAUAUCACUGGUUGGUUGACGUUGACAGUGUCUUUGACUUCCACACUUGAGAAAACUAGAAAUGCUACAUAGCCUAUAUGUUUUUUUUAGUACUGCUUUAUUUUGUGAAUGUAAAACUUGUGAAGAAGCUGAUUGUUUAUAGACAACGUCGUGUGCCGUCCUUCUUUCUCUUCACCAAGCAAACUUCAGGGUCAUGAGAAAUCAGGAGGAAAGUGGGGAGACUCUCAGUGUCAUCUUGUGCUGAUAGGACAAGAAUGACCAGGCUCCUAAAAUGGUGCCAGCUUCUAAUACCCCCUCUGCCAACCCCAUGUGCUAUUCCUGACCCAAGAAGAAUUUAUACAGACAAGCAGACAAGCCCUGACCUGCCCGUGCUAUUCAACACUAUCUUACAGACAAAUACACACUCUCUUUAUCUUCUCUUCUCU